UGUGCAGCCAACAGCCAUCCUGCACGACAGCCGGCCUCUGCGUGUCUGUGUUUGUGUGAAAGUGGGAGACGCGCGCACGCGCCACCGGGAAAGAAGGAUGACCCGCCAGGGGCCGGACGCGAGGAGUAACCAGCUGAGGCCCCCCAUCCGGGAGUUCCAGAUGGGUCUUCGAUCAAAGUGAUUCCCCUCCCUCAGAAGCAGGAGAUAAACCAAAUCUUCCAGACAUGGAGGUGAGGGGGCAACUCAUCAACUCAUCCAGCUACAGCUCUUCAGAGGCUUUGCAGCGGGACCUCUGUCCGCGGAUCCGGCUGGAGCGGGUGCAAGAGCUGCUGGAGAAGCAGCGGUCGCUCCAGCAAGUGCUCAGCCUGCGCCUUAAGGAGCUGCGCCGCAUUUGCCUUCAGGAGGCUGAACUGACAGGAAAGCUGCCUCCCGAAUACCCCCUGGAACCAGGGGAAAGACCCCAGCCCGUGCGCCGGAGGACGGCAGUCGCCUACCGAAAUCCCACUGCCCUCAGGAACGAGGAAGCGCCUUCCCUGGAGGAGCUGACUCAGGAGCUGGCUCUGCAACAGCAAGUGGCCGAGGCUGCCCGGCGCCUUGCCGUGGCUCCAGACUUGACGGCUGAGCAGCGCCGCCGGCGGAGGCAGGUCCAGGCAGAUGCCGCCCAGCGCCUCCGGGAGCUGGAGGCUCAGGUGGCAGAGUUCCGGGUGCGACUAGGCAAAGGGCCCCCCCAGAGGGGCAGCCAUGAAGAGGCUUUUCAUUCAGAGAGCAGCUCCCUCUCCGAAUCGGCCAGCCAUGAAAAUGGGGUAUGUGGAUGCUUCUACCCUGUGCCCUGUGCUCUGUCCUCAGACGACCCCCACAGCUUCCACCCCUCCAAAGUCUCCAACCACCAGGGGACUUUUUUUGACCGUCCUUCGCCGCCUAAGGCCCGAGAUCACCUGCGUGCCAUUUCCAGUAGCCCCGACCGCCGACCAGGAUGGCGGCUUUUGCAGCCGGACCUGUACAACGAGGGCAAGGAUCGCAGGAACUCUGUUGCCAGCCCUGCCAGCCCAAGCCGCACCCUCCCCAGGAGUGCUUCCAGCUUUGAGGGCCGGAGUGUCCCAGCAACGCCAGUGUUGGCAAGGAGCGCUUGCGCAGGCGGCCACCAGUUCAGGUCCGAGGCCCCAGCCCUACACCCCCGGCAAUGGUCAGGCAGCCACGACUCCCAGCUUGGACCCCCGAGCCGCGACACCAGCGCUGACCGGGCCUCCCUCUUCGCCGCUCGGACCCGUCGCAGCAACAGCUCAGAAGCCCUGAUUGAGCGGGCCCCAUCGGAUGACCCUCUCUUCCCCGCUGCCCCCCCUUUUAAAAGUGCGGAGGCCCUGACCCCUUCCAUCUCUGGCCGCAACUCUCGGGCCCCUUACAACGACCUCCUUCUGGACUACUACCUGGAGCGCAGGUGCUGGGGCGGAGGCGAGCACCUUUCGCGCCGGGACGGGCCCCCCCAGCUGGAGUGGGGGGCCUAUCCCGAGAGCCCGCUGCAGCGCCGAGCCCGGCCGGCUGCCCGCACCAAAUCCUGCGGCCCGCUGUUGCCCCCCCAGUCCCGGGAGGUCGGUUACGGGCCCCCGUUGCCCCCCCAGCGCAACUUCCACAAAGCCCUGGCCCUGGAGGGACUCCGGGACUGGUACCUGCGCAACGCUGGAGUCAGCCAGCGGGGGGCGCUAGAGAGACGGGGACCCUCGCACCCCAGCCACCAGCCGCUCCGCAGCUAUUAUGAGCCAGCUGCCGCCAACCCCGAGACGGGCUACUAUGGGGCGCCAGGGGGGCUGCCCCACUCAGUGAGCUACGCCGGGCAGCCGCUAUAUGGCAGACCCUUUGGGGAACUGCUUUACAUGGAUGACUCUGCUGGCCCCUACAGCUUGGACUCCACAGAGCAGCCAGCCCCGGGGACAUUGGUCUGACCCUCCCCACCCCAGGGGAAAUUGAAUUUGGUCUCUUUUUCUUUUCUUCGCUGGUGCCUCGUGUGUGCGUGUGUUACACCAUGUUGUGGGGACGGGACUCCCUGCUGGCAGGGUUUAUAUACUAUAUCUAUAUAUCUGUAUGUGUGUGUGUGAGAGAGAGAGAGAGAGAGAGAAAUUGAGUGUGUGAAGGUGGGUUGUUGCAUGUCACACUGGACACACAACUGGGGGGUAGGCCAGGAAUGUCUCCCCAGUUCUUCCUACACAUUAUUAAACUUUUACCAUUUGAGAUUUUUUAUUUUAUUUGAGGGGAUAUGUAUUUACUGUACCCCACUGCCACUCACUCCCACCCCAAAAGGGUUUAACUGCUGCGGGUUGCCCUCUAGGGAGCGGCGCAAUGUUUCUGCCCCGGUGCUGUGUGGCGUUUUCAACCCGAGACCCUGGAAUGUAUCGUGGAGGGGCGUGCAGGUGUUUCUUGGGGGCAAAAGGCUGCAUAGGGCAGACCCGCCAUCUUGCUGUGGAAUUUCAGUUCUCUUUAAAAAUGUCCGGAAGAGAGGGAAAUAAUCUACACCCGCCACACACACCCCAUGAGCAAUUUCUGUUCACCCCCCUGCUCACUUCUGACAGGGGGUGGGGUGGGGGAGACUUCUGCAGAAAAGGGACUCCAGGUAAGGGAAAUGCAAGCUCCCCCCCUUUUUUUUUAAGGUCCAGCUGCUUCCUGGCAGGUGAAACUGGGAUGGGUGCUAUAGGAUGAGAGUUCUUGCUUUCAGUUCAUCUCAAAUUGAAGGUGAAAUUGAAAUUGUUUCUCCCCCCCCCCUUGCCCAGAGGUUGUUGCAUAACAGGGCCCAUCACUCAUGGCUUUGCUGCCUGGGACUUAAGGGAGUUGGGAACCCAACAAGACCUUUGAGGGCCACAGGCCUCAAAGAAAGGGGUGUGUGUGUGGGUGUGUCAGAAGCUACCGGCUGAAAUGGCCGCCCAUUAUGGUGGCUGUGGGAACCGCGGGGGUUUCUGUUACUGCUGUGAGCGCGAAAUUCGACUCGGUCCGCGGGCAAGUGUCUAAAAAGCACAGGCAGAGAGACCCUUUCGCGAACCCCAUUCAACCAUGCUGCCGGCCCCCCUCCUCUCCCUUGUCCCGCAGUGUUACAAAGGGGGGGGGGAAAACCCUUGCUUUCCUUUAAAAGCUUUUUAAAAAUGUGGUGGUUUUUCCUCUUCACAGCUGCACAACAAGUGGUCACGUCCUUUAAUAAUCUCUGUUUUUGCCCAUUGAAUCCAGAUCAUAUUUUGG